CUCUGCAAUGACAACAGUCAGAGUUGGGUUCUUAACUGUGUGUACAUGGAUCUUAUCAUCUGGCACUUUGUCUGGCCUGGACCAGCCAAUUGAAUUUUGUCAGGAUGAGCAUUAUCAAAAAAAUGAGACCUUAAGCUUUUCAUAUAAAUAUUCUGUCAUUUAUGACAAUUACAAAACAAAAUCAACUUUGGCAUUUCAAAGAUCUGAUAAAAUGGUUGUGGCCUUUGAUAGGAUUUUGGCUUGUGAGAGAUGUAAAGUGUCCGUCUUCUGCAUGCCCCAUGAUUCAUCCUUAUAUCUUCUGAAAAAAGCUAAGCGCAACGUGAACGCUACAGAGGAAAACAAAGAAAUGUGUAAAUGUGAGAUUCUUCAAUAUGGGAUGCAUUUUCUCUCUAAGACUGACUGGCUUUUAUUUAAGAUGAAGACAAAAGCUGGUGACCAGACGACACAGUUAAAUGAUAUAAAUGUCCGUUGUUCAUCUCUUCUGCUGAGAUCAGAGAUUCAGUGUCCCCAAGUCACCACCAUUGUUUAUCUGUAUCACUGGAGAAAUGUUAAUUAUUUUACGAUUUUCAAGGAGUGUGACCUUAAAGACAAAAUUCUAUGGGAUUUUAUGUGUACAGACUUUAGAAGUGGAUUUCUGAAACACAGAGUCCUCAAAUUUUGUGGCAGCCAAAUAAGCCAUCGAUCUUCUUAUGUAUCAGAGAUUGUUUACAUCAGAGCCUGCUGUGGUAAGACCAUUUCAACGUUUUUUUCAACAUCUUGCUUAAAAGAAGCAUGUAUGAUCCCAGCAGAAAUGUUCAGAUUUCAUGUGCGGACAAAAGUGUGGGAUGCACAUAUAGUCUCCAGCAGAUGUUUUGGAAGACUUUUCCUGCUGGUGACUUACCCACAAAAUUCAAGAACACCAAGAAAGUACUUGCUUUUUGUAAGAAUAUACAGGUUAAUUUAAAGUUCAAUUUCUAAUUUUCUACUGAACCAAUAAAAGGAACUAAAGAUGCUUAUUUUUUUUCUAAUUAGCUGACAUUGUAAUUGGCCAGUUUUACUUUUUAAACCAUUACAAUGUUGUAAAAACUAUAUUUCUCUUCCUGUUUGCGUUUUUUUCUCAUUUUAGGUCAAACAACUUUUUUUUUUAGACAAAAAUAUCCUUGGAAAAUAUCAUAAACAGUUCUCAAUUGAUGAUUUCCUAAUUAAAUGUGAAAAACAAUAUCCAAACCAUGGUGGCCCUAUAUGAAAAAAAUGCAUUGUCACCUAAACCUAAUACUUGCUUGUGCACCGCCUGGCAGCAACAACACCCAUCAAUUGCAUGAAAUAACGUAGACUCGUUAUUUUAUGUGACGUCAGAGGAAUUUUGGCCCACUCUUGAAUGCAAAAUUGUUUUAAUUCAGCAAAACUGAAGCAUUUACAAUUAUGAAUGACCAGUUUACGAUGCCACAGCAGGAUUAAAGUAAAGAUUUGGCUAUUCCAAUCUGAAAACUCCUUUUUUGUUUGAGCAAUUAAGAGGUAGACAUACUGGUGUGCUUUGAAUCAACUUCCUGCUGUCUAACCAAAGUGUGCUUGAGUUUAAAGGAGCAAUAACGAUAUUUCACCACUAGGUUGUGCUUGACCACUGUCUAUAGCAAAACAAGAUGUAUGACAACCGCGCCUCUCAACCUGGUCCCUCCUUAACCUUCUCCCCCGUCACCUCCCAUGCGCAUAUUUGUAAAGGAUAAAAACACAGCAAAACAGCAUCACCUUUCGGAGGAACAUAUAUAGUGAAGAAAUAAGUGACUCAUAACUUUUCAAUGCUGCUAGCAAGAUAACAUUUUGAUCUGCUGGGGGUGCUCUCCGCCAUGUUGCUCCAACGCUGCACUGCUCUGAUGGUGGUAUUUUAGGGCAGGGAGGGGCCAAGCCCUGAAUGACAGCUGUUCACAUGCACACACGCACGUACAUGCAUGCCCGGCUGGUAAAAUAGAGAACAGAGAAAACUCAAUGUCUUGAAGUAUGACCUAAACAGAACAUACAAAUUUCUAUGCAGUUCUUAAAAGACUAAAUUCAAAUUGUAUGCACCCCUUGAGACUCCAAGUACACAAAAAAAUAUUUAAGUGCCAAAAAAGGAAUUUUGUAUGAUAUGUCCCCUUUAAGGUCAUGAAUUGAUGGUUGGACAUUCUACUUUAGGAUUUUCUGGUAGUGUAGAAAAUGUAUGUUCCUAUCAGUAAGAGCAGAACGUUCCGGUACUGUAAAAGCAAAACAGCCCCAGAGCAUCACACUCCUACUACCAUGUUUGCUAGUCAGUGUGAUGUACCUUUUUUUAAAAUGCUUUGUUAAUUUUAUAUCAAUUCGAAUUAUAGAUACAGCAUCCAAAAAGCAAAAAUGUUUGUUUCUUAAGUCUACGUAUUUUUCCAGGUCUUCAAAACCAUCAACAUAGUUUCAAUCAAUUGUGAUACUUCUGGUUCAAACCAAAACUGUAGUACAGGGAUGCUAGCAUAAUUUUGCAUGUGUGUUUCAAAGGAGAAACUGGUGCUACAUCUCAAGAUAUCACCCUGUAAGUCAAAGUUUGGGUUCAGAAUAGUGUCUUGGCAGGAGCUUGGGAAUUUCUUGGUUAGCAAUAAUAAUGCACAAGGACUACACAAUCAGUUUUUCAUAAGGCUAGUGGUACCAUAAUGGUUGAUAUUCAGGCAUUCACUGAUCAGCAGCCAGCUCAUCUUGAGCUCAUGCUGACGAGCCCUUAUACAAUGCAGCUGUGCUGCAUUGGUGCUCAGCUCCACCUGUCUGGCAACCUGCAGCUCCAGAGAAGAGAAGAAAGCACAAAGAAAACCACACAGCAGAUCCCUGACAGAAUCAUGUGCUUAAUAAAUCUGGCCAAAAUGGUAGCAUAGCAAGAGGAAAGCUAAGGUAAAAAUAAUGAAAGACCAAUGUUCGGUUUGCAUCAGAACCUGCCCCGAGAUGCCAGAGAGCACCAGAACAUGUCCCUUGCUUCUCUGACCUUACGCCCCAGAGCAAGGUCUUUUUCAAUGCUGAAUUCCAGAGCAAGAUAGUAUUAUAUAAAUGUGUUAUAUAAUCAUGUCAUUAUCCUCUUCAUCUACACUUCUGGUUUAGUCAGCUUGAUCAUCAUAUUUACCUAUACACCUGGCUCAGUCAUCAGCAUCACCAGUAUCUGUUCUGUCUCUCUUCGAGGUCGGUCGUGUCUUUCUCUC